CCUCCCUCUGCAUCAUCUUCUUCUCUCCCUCCUCCUCUCUCUCUUUCUAUCUGUCUACGGCUCUUGAGUUGAGUUGAGUAGAGCCUCUUCGUCCCUCCGCGCUAGGGUUAGGGUUUCGGCGGGCGGGGGCUGAUGGAGGGGGUGGGGGGAAGAGGAGGGGUGGUGAGGUGAGGUGAGGUGAGGUCGAGGGUGGUGGAUUUGGCGGGAGGGGGGAUGGGGGAGAUGGACCCGGACUUCUCGCGGGCGAGCGGGGGCCCGAGCUUCGAGUUCGCCUUCAACUCCGUCAACUUCUCCGACCGGGUGCUGCGGAUCGAGAUCGUCGCCGGGGACGACGCGCCGGGGGCCAAGGGCGCCGCCGGGGAAGGGUGCUCCUCGCUCGCCGACUGGGCCCGCCAGCGGAAGCGGCGCCGGGAGGAGCUCCGCCGCGGGAAAGAAUCAGGAAAGUUUACAGAUCUGGAAACUUGUAAAGUUGAACAAGAAGAAUGUGACACCUAUGAGGAAAACAACGAGGAACCUGUAGCUAUGAUAGAAGAAUCUCCACCGGAUAUAGGACAGGAUGGUGAGGAUGGAGAAAGCAGUGAUUCAUCCUGGAGUAUGGAGUGUACCCAAGUCCUGAGAGUAAAGUCUAUUUAUAUCAGUUCUGCGAUUCUAGCUGCGAAAAGUCCUUUCUUUUACAAGCUUUUCUCAAAUGGAAUGAAAGAAUCUGAACAGAGGCAUGCAACUCUUAGAAUAACUGCUUCAGAGGAAAAUGCACUCAUGGAGCUUUUGAGCUUUAUGUAUAGCGGAAAGUUGACGACAAAUCAGCCAACCCUUCUGCUGGAUAUCUUGAUGAUUGCUGAUAAAUUCGAGGUUGUUUCUUGUAUGAGGCAUUGCAGUCAAUUACUAAGAAGCUUGCCUAUGACUACAGAAUCUGCACUGCUCUAUCUAGACCUCCCUUCCAGCAUUUCAAUGGCUGCUGCAGUUCAGCCACUGACAGAUGCUGCCAAGGAAUUCCUUGCCAACAAGUACAAAGAUUUGACCAAGCUUCAGGAUGAAGCAAUGAAUAUUCCUCUGGCUGGCAUUGAAGCCAUCCUAUGGAGUAAUGAUCUGCAGGUGGCAUCAGAAGAUGCUAUCUAUGAUUUUGUGAUCAAGUGGGCACGCUCUCAAUACCCAAAAUUGGAGGAGAGGCGUGAGAUCUUGGGUACUCGUUUGUUGCCACUUGUUCGGUUCUGUCAUAUGACCUGCAGAAAGCUGCGGAAGGUCCUAGCAUGCAAUGAUCUGGAUCAUGAGCAGGCAACUAAAUGUGUCACUGAGGCACUUCUAUACAAAGCUGAUGCUCCGCAUCGACAGCGUGCCCUUGCAGCAGAUGUUUUGACUUGCAGGAAAUAUGCUGAGCGAGCUUACAAAUACCGUCCACUUAAGGUGGUGGAAUUCGACCGACCUUAUCCACAGUGUAUAGCAUACUUGGAUCUGAAGCGCGAGGAGUGCAGCCGGCUUUUCCCGUCUGGACGGAUAUACUCGCAAGCAUUCCAUCUCGCAGGGCAGGGCUUCUUUCUGUCAGCACAUUGUAACAUGGAUCAGCAAAGUGCCUUCCAUUGCUUUGGUCUGUUCCUAGGGAUGCAAGAGAAAGGCUCAACAAGUGUUACUGUAGAAUAUGAGUUCGCUGCAAGGACAAAGCCGUCAAGCGAGUUUGUCAGCAAGUACAAGGGUUACUAUACCUUCACCGGCGGAAAGGCUGUUGGAUACCGGAAUCUGUUUGCAAUUCCAUGGUCAUCGUUCAUGGCUGAUGACAGCCUCUUCUUCAUCGAUGGGGUACUACACUUAAGAGCUGUAUUAACCAUAAACAACCCUAGAUAGUUGAUGGCGUAUAACUAACAGCGUCUGCGUCCUUGAAUUGUCCAAAUUGGUGGGGUCUUAGUGUGAAAAAUCGUGUGUCAUUCGGACUUACUGUUGUUUUCUACUUGAGCAUCUAAAUAGACAGUUUGGAAACGAGUAAAAUCCCUUUUGUUUUUACAUCAAAAGAGGAUCAUGACAUGUUACGCAUUGCUAUUGAACUGUGAAAAGUAAUUCUUCUAAUCAAA